AAGGUGCAGAAGUUGCAUGAAUGGCUCUUCCUCUGUUUCUGUCUGUAAUAUGUUGUUGUCCACAUGUCCUUCCUUUACUCCACCCUUCUCUUCACUCUCUUCAACCAACCCACCAUGCAAAUCAUGCCUUAGAUACAAAUUUCAAAAACAAUUAAUCAGAUUUGAGAAGAAAAAGAAAAAAAAAAUCUAACUUCAUGAAAUGGCUCAUCUCUUCUGCCGAAGCUUCCAUUGUUUCUGGUUACCAUGCUGCAAUCUUCCACCAAAAUCUUCUGAAAGGUUUCGAAUUUAUGCUCCAAAUCCACUUCCCAAACCUUGGAUGAGCUUCACGCACCAUACCCACAUGCUUCUCAAUGCCACUUCUUCCCGGAACUCCGAUCCUGAGGAUUUUGAUAUUCUCUCUUCCACUGAACAUUCCGAUGGUACUUUUCUGUUCCAGUUCGCCACUGCUAGCGAGAUCAGACAAAAAUUAGAUGAAUUGAACAAAAAGAAAAAAGCAGAUGAACUGAACAAAAAGAAAAAAUCAAUUGCAUUAAACAAAAAGAAAAAAGUAGAUACAUUGAACAGAAAAAAGCUCUCUCCAGAGGUUGUUGUUGAAGAAAGUAAAGCUGGUGUUCGAACUUUGGUGAGUGAUAGUGUUGAAGAAUUGAACAUUGGUGAUUAUCGUCCAUCAGAGUAUGAAAUUGAGUCUUCUGCGACUGUAGUAGUUACUGUUGCUGAUCAACAAUCUCUGCUUCCCGUGAAGGAAGAGGAGAGUGUUGUUCUUAAUAGUGAUUCUAGGAAUCCAGUGAUCAAAGAUAGGCAUUUGAAGUUGGAUUCCGUGGAGGAUGGUGAUGGUAAUCAAGGAAUUUUAAGUGAAGAUAUUGGUGUUGAGAUUAAUGGUUUCCUGAGUGCGUCUGAGGAGGAUUCGAAACUUGAUACUCCUCAAGAAACUGUAGUUUCAACUGUUGCUCCAGAGUCUGAUGGAUUCUCUGAUUUGAAGAGUGGCGCUUCUGCAGAAGUUGAAGAGGACGAAGCUGGCAAGUGUUAUGGUGUAGAUGGAGUGACAGAUAACUUGGCCACUGCGGUGGAUGCUGACUUGAGUCAACUGGUGCAAGAAUCCACUUCUUUAGGGUCUGAACAAGUUGGUUUCGGUGCAACAGACAACCCGACUGCCAUUGUUGCUGCUGAAAUUAGUGAAUUGGUGCCAGAAUCCAUCUCUUUAGAAUCUGACUCUAAACAAGUUGGUUAUACUGCAACAAACAACCCAACUGCUUCUGUUGCUGCAGACGCAAGUGAAAUUUUGCCAGAAUCCACUUCCUUAGAGUCUGAGCAAGUUGAUUAUAGUGCAUCAAACAACCUGAUUGGUGAUGAAGAUACUGGUGCAAGUGAAGUGGUGCCGGAAUCCACGUGUUUAGAGUCUGAACAAGUUGGUCAUUGUGAGUCUGAACUAUUUGCUAAUGGUGAAGAAACAACUCACCUCAUUGUAGAUGACUUAAUUGAAGCAAGUAAAACGGGAAAGUCAGAAUUGUUACAUGAUGAGGUUCCGACCUCAGAUUUGGAAAACAUUACAGAUGUUGACAAUACGGAAAGAAGUGAUUAUGAAAGCACACCACAGCUUACUAUCCCACAGAUACAUUCAAUUGAGUUGGCUAGUCAUCGGACGGAUUCUUCAAAAACGGAGCUUUACCUAGUUUCUGGUGGUGCUUGCUUGCCUCAUCCCUCAAAGGCAUUGACAGGUCGGGAGGAUGCUUAUUUCAUUUCUCAGCAAAACUGGCUAGCUGUAGCUGAUGGCGUUGGUCUGGGGUCUCUUGAAGAUAAUUAUGCAGGAAAUGCUGGACCGUAUAUCAGGGAACUCAUUGAAAAUUGUGAAAAUAUUGUGUCAAAUUAUGAAAACAUUUCAACAAUAAAACCUGCAGAAGUUAUCACCAGAGGUGCUGCCGAAACACAAACUCCAGGAUCAUCUGCUGUUUUGGUUGCUCAUUUUGAUGGACAGGUGCUUCAUGCAGCCAAUGUUGGGAACACCGGAUUUAUCAUUAUAAGAGAUGGUUUCAUCUUCAAAAAAUCAACUCCAAUGUUUCAUGAAUUCAACUUUCCAUUACAGAUAGUUAAAGGACAUGAUCCCUCAGCACUCAUUGAGCCUUACACAAUUGAUCUACACGAUGGUGAUGUGAUAGUUACUGCCACGAAUGGCCUCUUCGACAAUCUUUAUGAGCAAGAAAUUGCAUCUAUUAUAUCAAAAUCACUACAAGCUACCUUGACACCUCAGGAAAUAGCAGAAUUAUUGGCCGUGAGAGCACAAGAUGUUGGAAGAUCAACAUCCAUAAGAAGUCCUUUUUCUGAUGCAGCGCAGGCUCUGGGUUAUGUGGGAUGUGUCGGAGGCAAACUUGAUAAUGUUACCGUUAUAGUGUCAUUAGUUCAAUCUAGAUAGCUCUCCCAUAUUUUUGUCGUGUUAUAAUACGUAUGUUCCAUGUGUAUAUACAAACCAAUAGAUAUGUGAAUUUAUCAUGAUACUGAAGGUGGUAACUUUUUCUCAUGA